AUGCCGACUGUCGACGAUUCCGACGGCCUUCUCGACGUCUCCCGCCUGCGCCAGCACCGCCUCGAGCUCUCCGAGCUCCGCGUCACAAGCGCCAAGCCUCUCGCAUCCGGUGCCUACGGUGAAGUCUGGCUGGGCACGUACGCCUCCGAGCCCGUCGCGAUCAAGCGCCUGCUGUACCGCCAUCCAGACGCCGUCCAGCAGUUCAUUGAUGAAAUCAUCCUCAUGGCCGAAAUGGACUGUCCGUUCAUUGUCUCGCUCGUCGGUGCGAGCUGGCGCCGACCUGUCGAGAUGGAGUGCGUCGUCGAGUACAUGGACCUCGGCGACCUCCGUAGCUACCUCAGUCGUCACUCGCCGGACGAGUUUACGUGGGACCAAAAGCACACGUGCAUGCUCAGUAUCGCCAAGGGUCUCACGUACCUCCACACUUGCGACGUGCCGAUCGUGCACCGCGACUUGAAGAGCCGCAACGUGCUGCUGGACUCGACCAAGGGAACCAAACUCACCGACUUUGGCAUCUCGCGCAGCGUCCACGUCCACGACGACGACAAGCAGCUCACGAACGGCGUCGGGACGUACCAGUGGAUGGCGCCCGAGGUCAUUUGCGGCACGGACUACUCGGUGGCAGCCGACAUUUACUCGUUUGGGGUCCUUCUCUCGGAAUUCUCGACGCACAAGGUGCCGUACGCAGACGUGUUGCACCCGGUGCACGGUCGACCCGUGACACAGCAGUACGUGAUGACGCAGGUGGCGCAAGGCUUGCUGCAGCCGACAUUUGCGGCCGUGGGCGUGCCGUCGUGGGUGCACGAGAUCGCACUGCAGUGUCUCCAGACGGACCCGGUACUGCGACCCACCGCAGCGCAGCUGAGUAGUAAGAUUCGGAAACGCGCGGCCUAA